AUGUGUGGGAUCUGCUGUGUAGUGAGUUUGACCUCAUCUCAGUGUAAGCUUCAUGAUCAUGUCUAUGAAAGGCUGCGUCACCGAGGACCCGAUCACAGCCGGGACGUCAUAAAAAGGGCCUCGAAUCCAGAGUACAGUUGCCUUUUCUCUGCUCACGUCCUUCACAUGAGAGGACGUCUGACCCCGCAGCCUCUGCAAGACGACGAUGGGAAUCUCCUCCUCUGGAACGGAGAGGUGUUCGAUGGUUUAAUGGUGGAACCUGAGGAAAAUGAUACCAAAGUUAUUCUCGAUCACCUGUCAGCGUGCAAAACUCCGUCAGAUGUGCUGUCCGUCCUGAGUCAGGUUAAGGGACCAUGGGCGAUUAUCUAUUACCAGAAAGAGGAACAUUGUAUCUGGUUUGGGAGGGAUUUCUUCGGGAGAAGAAGCUUGCUUUGGAGCUGGGGGUUGGACGAGAGUUCCUUUACACUGACGUCUGUGUCUUCUCGCUCGCCAGAACCUCUCAGUUCCUCAAACUGUUUAGAAGUACCAGCAGUUGGUGUUUACAGAGUGGACUUGAAGAGCUGGUCACAGCGGGAAAGUGUGAAAGUUGAGGUUUAUUCAUGGAGUUACCUUGAUUCUGACUUCACUUGGGAAGGUCUUCCCAGUUCCGUCUCCUUCAUCACGAACGAUUCUGGACUUGUUCUGUUGUCCCCAGUUCCUCCAAUGAACAUGUCCAUAACUGAUGUGGAACCAAAUUCUUGUAAUUCUGGUCAAACAUCACUGGAUGAUCUUAAGGAGCUUCUAAAAAGCACUGGAAAGCGCGAAACGGUUUGCCGUCUCAUAGACGUCCUCGGCGAGGCUGUACGCAGGAGGGUGCAGCACCUUCCUCAUCAGUCCAACCCCGAUCAAGCGCAAGUUGCCAUACUUUUUUCCGGAGGAAUUGAUUCCAUGAUCCUGGCUGUUCUUGCCGAUCGCUACAUACCUCCGGACCAACCCAUCGACCUCCUCAAUGUGGCUUUUAAACUCCAGGAACCGAAGACAAAGCAGGGCUCAGGGAAGAAAGCACAAAACAAUAAAAAAGAGCACGCAAGUCAUGACGUUGUGACGUCGCUUCAACCGAAGUUCGACGUUCCGGACAGAAUCACUGGUCGAGACGGUUUGCGGGAACUUGCGACUCUCAGUCCCUCGCGGAAAUGGAACUUCGUCGAGAUCAACGUUACUCAAGAGGAGCUCAGGGAAAUGCGGACGAAGAACAUCUGCCACCUGGUGCAUCCUUUAGACACGGUUCUGGAUGACAGUAUCGGAUGCGCCGUGUGGUUUGCAGCCAGAGGAACCGGCGUCGUAUCGGAGGGAACACAACAGAGGCAGCACAUCUCAACAGCAAAGGUUGUUCUUACGGGCAUCGGGGCAGACGAGCAGCUAGCUGGCUACUCCAGACACCGAGUGCGGUUUAAAACCUCGGGGCUACAGGGAUUGGUCGAGGAGCUGGCUAUGGAGCUGGGCAGAAUAUCCUCCAGGAAUCUCGGACGAGACGAUCGGAUUAUCGCAGAUCAUGGUAAAGAGGCCAGAUUUCCGUACUUGGACGAGGACGUGGUGAGCUUCCUGAACACGCUGCCGGUUUGGGAGAAGGCAGAUCUGUCUCUGCCCCGAGGAUUGGGAGAAAAGCUCCUGCUGAGGCUGGCAGCUGUAGAGCUCGGACUCGGACCUUCUGCUGUACUGCCCAAGAGAGCCAUGCAGUUCGGCUCUCGAAUAGCCAAGCUGGAGAACAGCCACGAAAAGGCGUCCGAAAAGUGCACGAGACUGAUCGCAAAUUAGCGCAUGGGUUUUAAAUUGAUUCUGUCUUGAAUCUGGUGUGAAAUUUAAGAAUCUGUGUUUGAAUACUAAAUUAAAUAAACGUCUGGAUUUUGAA